UUUUAGUAGAGGCAAUUGUUACUAACAUCCAUCGUUGGCAGGUAUUCCCGCACACGUCAGUCCACAUCUGAUGCAUCGGACCCUCAAUGGCGGAUGCGGUUACAUCAUGCGGGCAAGCAUACAUACAAAAGUCAAUUCCACCAAUCCAGACUCCAAACAGGUCCAGUUCUGAACCUGCCUUUAGCCAACUGCUCAAUUGCUACCGAAAUUGACAUCUUGUUUCCUAUCAAUGCUCCCAAUUACCUCCUAGCAAAGAAUAUAUCGCACCAACCUCAUCACCAACCCCACUAACACUCAAUAUGGCUCACCCCGACGUCUCCCACAUCCCCCUCUCCUAUGCCACCUGCUCCAUUGGCACACCCGAAACCACCCUCCCAUCCAAACUGUCCGCUCUUAGCGCCGCCGGCUUCAGCGGGAUUGAGCUCUCCUUCCCAGACAUCCUCCGCUACGCCGAGAGCGUCUACAACCGCCCCGUCUCGCCCACCAACUACCCAGAGCUGGUGCAGGUCGCCACGAAAAUCCACGAGCUAUGCGACGCGCGCAAUCUGGCGGUGAUGAUGCUGCAGCCCUUCGCCAACUUCGAGGGCUGGCCGCGGGGCUCGAAAGAACGCGAAGAUGCGUUCCAGCGAGCAGAGGGCUGGAGUGAAAUCAUGACCGCCGUGGGGACGGACCUACUCCAGGUCGGCUCGACCGACACCCCCACGGAUAAGCUCUCCCCGACCUACAAAGAAGACAUCAUCACGGACCUGCAAGAACUCGCCGACAUCUUCGCGCAGCGCAAGCAGCGCAUCGCCUACGAGAAUUGGUGCUGGUCGUCGCACGCCCAGACCUGGAAAUCCGUCUGGAACAUCGUAUCCGCCGUCAACCGCCCGAACGUGGGUCUGUGUCUGGAUACGUUCCAAACCGCGGGGUCCGAAUACGGCGACCCGACCACUGCCUCGGGACUGAUCGAGGAACCCUCGGACAACCGCAAAGACCUCACAGAGCGGUAUCUGGCCAGUCUGGAGGAGCUGACCGCCACCGUGCCCGCGGAGAAGAUCUACCUCCUGCAGGUCUCGGACGCGUACCGCCCGCACGAGCGGCUAGAGAAGGGACAGCUAGACGGGAUGGAUCCGCGGGCGAGAUGGAGCCACAGCUAUCGGCCGGUGCCGUACGGAGGCGGGUAUCUGCCGGUCGAGGAGGUGGGGAGAGCGGUGCUGGGGACGGGGUUCAAGGGGUGGUUCUCAGUGGAGGUGUUUGAUGGGGGGAGGGACGGCGAGGAGGAGAUGGGCGGGGGGAAGGGCGAGAAGGAGAUCACGGCGUUUGCGGGCACAGCGAUGGGCUGUGUGAAGAUGUUUCUGGGGAGGAUGGUCGCCCCGAUAUUGCCCAGCCUAAUUUUCAGCAAUGAUCAGCUGAAAAUGCAGAAGGCGCCCUUGGCCCGCAUCGUGGUGUCGCAUUACUUAUGGUCUGGACCCCCUGCAGGGUCUGUCUUUCUCCAGCUUGUGAUCGCAUGA